AUGCUCGUCCUGCAGAUCCUCACAGCAGCGCUCACCAUCUCCUUCGCAAAGGCGAAUCCUCUUGUCGUCGAUGUGCGCAACUGGGAGAACCCUACCGCGGAUGGAACCUUCGAACGCGGGGAAUUGGACAUUGCUAGUCCCGCCAGCAAUUAUGCCGAAUACAUCCCAAGCCCCACGGAAACCAGUUUAACAUAUCAUUACUACCAAGAACGUGCCACUUGCCUAGAUCAAUUUGUCUGGUACUGCCAGAUUCCCAUGGCGGCGUGCAUUGCAUCCCUGAAAACCAUCCCAUCGCCCGCCACCAUGUGGUCUCUCGUACCUUGCGUCAUCGCCGCUCUUUGUGGAACCGUCACUCUUGUGCUUGGAGCUCUCUGUUGCAACGGCGUCAUCCAGAACUGUGCCAGUAUCCAUACGAUUGCUGCGAGUACCCAACCUCUCACCGGUAACGUUAUGGCAUCGCUAAACGGCGGCCAAGGAAGGAACGCAUUCACCAGAGCAACGGUCCGGAGCGAGCUUGACAGCUAUUUAAAGAGCAAAGGUUCUAAGACUCCCAGUGACAGUGAAUUCAACGGAAUGUACGACAACUUCUUGACUCGUACUUUCUGUAGCAAUGGGCCUGGAGAAGGAGGCCCUAGCUGCCUACCCGCGAGUGUUUCGUUCCAAGCUGUAAGAUCACAUCUUUUUUGCGUUGAAUACGUGAUUCUCACCGGCGUUUUCGUUCUUCCAGUUUGA